GGCGGCGCAGCGCGCGCACUGCAAACAGCCCAGCCGCGUGUCGGACCCGGGCGGGGACUCAGCUCCGACCCGGGUGCUGCAGAGUGAGAAGGCACACCCGCUGCCUCUGACCAGUCCUGAGCGUCACAGCAGAGGUCGCUUGGAGUCUUUCAAAAUGUCCACAUUGAAGAAGCACAGGAGAAAAAACUCUGAGGAUGCCCAGGAGCUUUCAGAGAAGGUCAAGGGGCAGAUGGCCGAGGCUGAGCUCCGCACGCUCAGGCAGCAGUUCAAGAAGAUGGUGGAGAGUCGCAAGGCCUCCAACUUCCGCUCCCAGCAGAAGAUCCUGAGCCAGCACAAGGAAAUCCAGACACUGCAGGACGAGAAGGAUGAGAUCACCCUGCUUUUGAGUCUCGUUAAGUCCCCAAGGAACCUGGAUCUGAGCGACAGGAACUUCCAGGAGCUGCGCUUCCUGCUGCAGAGCAAGGAGGACUAUGAGAUGCUUAUCAGCUCCAUGAAGUCGCUCCUGGCUGAGCUGGAUGAGAAGAUUGCUCAGAUGGAAAAAAAACUUGCAACCCAAAGGCAAAUCUUCUCAAAGACGCAGGAGACUAAUAACCCCCGGAAACUGCAAAAGCAGAUCAAUAUUUUGGAAACCCGCUUAAAUCUCGUCACGGUCAACUUUGACAAGCUUCUGACCACCAACGCUAAGCUGCGGGAGGAGAUCGAGGACCUGCGGUUCGAGAAGGCUGCAUAUGACCAUGUGUACCAGCAGCUCCACCGGCGCCUGGGAGCCCAGAAGAGAACCAUGAACCUGGCCAUCGAGCAGUCUGCACAGGCCUAUGAGCAGAGGCUGGAAGCCAUGGCUCGAAUGGCUGCCAUGGAGGACCGCCAGCAGAAGGACAUCUCCCAGUACAACCUGGAGAUCCGCGAGCUGGAGCGCAUAUACGACCAUGAGACCAAACUCAAGUCCUUUCUGCUCAUCAAGCUGAAUGACAGAGCGGAGUUUGAGGAGCAGGCCAAGAAGGAAGAAGAGCUCAAGAGUAAGAAGCAUGGGAAGAAGAGCAAGGGCGAGAGCUUUGAGAGCUACGAGGUGGCUCACCUGCGGCUGCUGAAGCUGGCAGAGAACGGGAACCUCCACCAGCUCGUCCAGGACUUCCUGGCCAAGGAGGACAAGAACUUUGCACGCUUUACCUACGUCACGGAGCUCAACAACGACAUGGAGACAAUGCUCAAGAAGACGGAGCGAAUCCAGGAUGAGAUCCUCCAAUUGCGAUCUCAGCAGAAGUCAUCCCAAGUUGACAGCCACGUCACGCUGAAAAGCCUGGAGGAAAAGCUGAAGAUAACCACGGCAGAAGCGGAUAAGUACGAGCGGAGCUACAGGGACAUCAGCAAGAUGCUGGAGUACCUCAGGGCCUCGGUGGAGAGCCUCUUCCAGAAGGUGGACUGUGACGGCAGCCAGAUCCAGGGCCACCUGGGUGAGACGGGCAAGAUCACUGACAACAACCUCCCUCAGUACCUUGCCAUCAUUGAAAAGAAGACCAAUGACCUGCUGCUGUUGGAGUCCUGCAAGCGGCUCCAGGAUGUGGAGAGGACAGACAGUGAGGUCCCACAGACCUUCACCAACCCCUUCUGGGGUGGCUCUGCUCUCCUCAAGCCCAUGGAGCCCAUCAGGGUAGUUCCCCCCAUGCUGGGGGCUGACCCCUUCAGCGACCGGCUGGAUGACGUGGACCAGCCCUUGGACCACAGCAGCCUCCGGCAGAUGGUGCUCAGCCAGUACAGUGCCAGGGAGUCUCGGAACCGGGAAGUGCACUUUGAGAACCUUCAAGAUCGGGCGGAUGAGGUGAAGAACAAGAAGAAGUCAGUGCCCUGAGGAGGUGGUGGUGUUUGACCAGA